AUGUAUGCCCUCCAACAAUUACUCUACGGAUUCCCCAAGCCGGCUCCGCACAAACGCACCAAGCCCGUCGAGGUGCUUUGCUUGGGCUUACCGCGCACCGGAACCGAGUCACUAAGCGUGGGCUUGCGAAUGCUGGGCCUGCAAACAUAUCACGGCUGGGACUUGGUCUUUGAGCCAGAUGGCAGCAAGCUGCAGCUCUGUACCGAGCUAGUGCGGCGGAAGUACAGUGGUGUUCGCGAUGGCGACGUGCACAUUACCAGCGCGGAGUUUGACAUUCUCGUCGGUGACAGCCAGGCAGUGGUUGACACGUUGUGUGCGUUCUUUGCGCCUGAGCUGCUCGCCGCGUACCCGGACGCCAAAGUGGUCCUCAACGUGCGUCCCGAUACAAACGCCUGGUACCGCAGCAUCAAUAACACCAUUGUCGACUCGAUCGAUGAAUCGUGGGUUGUAUGGGGCAUGCAGUGGUUCUCUGCAGAGUUCCAUUGGCUGUACAGUCUUUACUUGAGAAAUGGAUAUCCAGGCAUCUUUCACAGCGCCACCACCAAAGAUGGCAUCCGGCGAAACGCAAAGUGGGUCUAUCGCGACCACUGCAACAUGGUCCGGGGUAUGGUCCCCAGGGAGAACCUGCUUGAGUGGUCCAUCGAGGAUGGCUGGGAGCCUCUUUGCAAGUUUCUCGACAAGCCUGUUCCCGAUGAGCCGUUCCCCCGAACUAAUAAUCCAGGCGAUUACGUUGAGCAUGCUAAUAAGCUCCUGAAGGCGCGCUCCGUUCAGUGCCUGCGCAACUUGACUCUCACCGUAGUGGCUCUAGGCGGGAUUGCCGCGGCCGGCGUGAUGUGGUGGCAGGGACAGAUCCCGAAGAUUACUAUUGAGCGAUUCCUAAAAUGA